AUGGAACUCGCCGCUGCAGGUGCUCCACAUCUCGCCGUCGUCGCCAACUACGGCGCGCUACCCACGUACGUGCUGCACGACAUCCAGCUCCGCCUCCCCGCCGACAAGGUGUGCCGCCUCCGGCUGGUGUGCCGGUCAUGGCGGUCGCUGACGUCCGACCCGCUCUUCGCAGCGGCGCACGCCUCGCGCCACCCGCACGUCAUCGUCGUCAGUCACCACGUGGGCAACCACGACGAGGCCGAGGUCCGCGCCGUGGACCUGCACGACAACGUCAUCAAGCGGAGGCGGAUCCGACUUCCAGCGAACAGACACGCCCUUGGCCGCCUGAGCGUGCACGGCGACCUGCUCUGCGCCUCACACGGCUGUGGGCUGGCCUGCGUGGUCGACAUGGUCACCGGCGCUGUCGUCGCGGACGUGGACUCCGAGCACCAGAGGAAGGUGAACACGACGAAGCCCCAGUGCUUCAUCGGGCACGUCCCGUCCACCGCAGAGUACAAGGUGCUCCGCAUCCAAGUGGAUUAUUCUAGUGUCACGUGCGAUGUCGUGACACUGGGCGGCGGUGGCGGUGGUACCUUAAGGUGGAGACGGCGACCCCAGCCUCCGGUCAGUCUCAGCAUCGAGCCCUCGUCCGGCUUGGGGGACAUGGCGGUUGUCGCCGGGUUCGCCUACUUCCUGGUGCUCCCGGGCCCGCAAGACGAACUCAGCGUCAUUUCCCAAGAUAGCAUAGCGGUGUUCGACCUGCUGACGGAGGAGUGGAAGCCGGAGACGCUGCAGGGGCCACUGAGCAGUCGAGGAAGAAGCAAGGACGACGAGGAGGAAGACGACGAGCCCAUGCCCGUUCUUUUUCGUAGGAGAUGCCUUCUUCGUAGGAAACGCUUUCAGCUGGCCAGGUUGGGCGAGAACUUGGUGACGCUCUACUGCAACGUCUAG